AACAUGGUUUACAUUACUUCGUGGGACGAUUUUUUGGAACGAUCCGUUCAGCUAUUCCGCGCCGAUCCUGAAUCUACAAGGUAUGUGAUCAAGUAUAGACACUGUGAUGGAAAAUUGGUACUCAAGGUUACUGAUGAUCGACAGUGUCUAAAGUAUAAGACAGACCAAGCACAAGAAGCUAAGAAGAUGGAAAAACUUAAUAAUAUAUUCUUUACGUUCAUGGCUCGGGGACCAGAAGUGGAUCUUUCUGAAGUCACCGGGAAAGAACAAGUUGAUGCACAACCGAUUAAAAAAGGAAGAGGAAGAAAGCAAUAACUGAUGUAACUUUCUGUCAAAAUAGACCAUGAAUCUUAGGAGUCCAGUAAUGAUUUUGAUAGAUUCUUUACCCAUUCCAAAA